AUGGCCGAAAACCAUCGUAUCGAGUACAAUUGGAUUAAAGGUGUUGAAAAACUAGGAGAAUACCAGGCUAGGGGUUACCAUCCCAAUAUGGUUGGUGACGUGUUGUAUGACCGUUAUCAUAUUGUAGACAAACUUGGCUUUGGGGGCUAUUCGAUAGUUUGGCUUGCUCGAGAUGCUUAUCUGAACCGGUAUGUUGCCGUCAAGGUCAACAUUGCCGACUUAAAUUCGCUCAAGCUUCUGUUAAAUUUCGACGAGCUUUCUAUCCAGCAAUUCUAUGAAAAAUUCGGCGAGCCCGAGACGAUUCCCAUCACGCGAUGUGAUGGAAAACCACUAUCUCCCAAUGCCCCAGCCAGAGCUGUUGUGCCGCUUUUCCUAGGGAAGUUUGCACAGAAUUUUUCGUUGUCUGACGCGCAUCCGCUUCUCAGUGACUUUGGUGAAGCAUUUGCCCCUGCUUUGGAAGCUCGUCUUGGGCAUGACUGCCAUACGCCCCGCGCAUUCCGAGCCCCAGAAGCCAAAUUCGAACCGCAGGACAUUUUCAGCACCGACUUUGUGGAUGAAGACGAGACAGUGUCUCAACAUAUCGAUGUAAUGGGGUCUAUGCCUUCGAGCUGGUGGCAGCGCUGGGAAGGCCGACCCCGAUUCUUCGAUGAGUACGGGUAUCCAACCAAAUCCCCCAGUGCGAACCGAUGGCCUCCACUGGAGGAGUCAUUUGAGACUGGUGUGCAGAAAUGGAGAAGGAAGGUGGGAGGUGGGAUUGAGGAAAGCGAGAAAUCAGCGUUUCUAGAUUUGAUGCGCUGGAUGCUGUCAUUCCGACCAGAAGAGCGGCCGACUGCCGAAGAGGUGCUAUUGUCAGAGUGGAUGGUCAAAUGGGCAUUGCCUGAUCAAGAGCGGAGGUGA